AUUAGUACACCGAAAACACUGUAAAUUUUAUAUUUUAAAAUGAGCUUGUACAAAUUGUUUAGUUCAAAUGUCGAAAUACAGUAUAAAAGUACCUUCCUUUCCAAAGCCAUGUUCUUUACUCUUUUUACGUCUAUGUUGAAUAUUAUACUGCCUUUUAUUAUAGCUCAGAAAAGUAGAGGGCUCUGGGUGAAAUAUCACAGUUUUUAUGAACAGCCAACUGUUCAUUUUACGUAUGAGUAUGUACUAAUAGCCGAAACUGAGGAUCCCAGUAAACCCAUACUUUGUACAGAAAUUGGAUUGUUUGGUAAUGAUAAUGAAGAAAGCUCUGAAUCAUGUGCAGAAAUGCAGGUUCAAGAAAAUGAUUUCACUGGAGAUGGCAAAAAGGAUGAGCUGUAUAUUAAAUUUCACCUAAAUAUACCACCAGACAGAACUGUGUCUUCUAUUUUAUUAAUUUUAUCUCUUGAUUUUCAGCUGAAGACAAUAUGCCCUUUACAAAUGCAGAGCUUGGCAUUGAUUACCAAAGAGUUUGUAAUACCACCAUCAGAAUUAAUUUUUCAUGGAGAUCUAAAUUUUUAUCAAACGACCCACUUACCUUGUGAAUGGUUUAAUCAAGAUACGAAAUAUAACAGAUCUUUAUUUGAAAUUGAAAAAUGGGAAAGUUACAUGUCUAUUGAUCAUUAUCUGUCUGAUUAUUUUCAUAGAGAAGUUACCACAGAAGUCAGAACGAUAAAUUCUAGAACCUACAAUGGCCAGACAGAUUCUAUGACUGUUCAAGUUCAUCUAAGAAUUCCAGAGAUGCAAAUAAGAUACACUCCUAGUAUACUACAAGAGUUUAAAUGGGCUUGGCCUCAAUAUCUCUCUUUUGUAGUGAUAUUCCAUUGGUUCUUCAAUAAAGUUAAAGAAUUUAUAUUUACCAAUCGACUUCUCAUGUCAUGGAAAGUACAAUCUUGGAAAACAUUUGAAUGACGAACUUAUGUAAGAUCUAUAAAAUUGUACUGCGAAAUAAUUGAUUUGUGCCAAUCUCUAGUCUUCACUGUAAAAUUCACUUUAAUUAUUAAUAAGGAUAAAUAUGUUUUAAUGU